AUGCUUCCAGACUUAUACAGCUAUGUUGAGACUGCCAUUAAGUAUAUCCUGCUUUUUGAAACCGAUUUCGGUCUGUUCUUCGAUGAUUAUAUGAUUGUUGAUGAUCUGAAUGAUACGGGUUUGGCCAAUUUCUUAGAAGUUCUUUCAAAUAGACAGCCGUUUUACUCAUUUUCAGAUGGCACACAAAAAAGCAUCUCAAAAAGACGAUCGAGAGGUGAAAUGGAUGUCACUGGUCAUAACUUGCACUAUCUUAGUCGAUAUUUUGGAGUAAGACAGAUAGAAUACCAGUCCUAUCACACCAUAAUCAAUAAGAAUAAGAAUAUCGAAUAUAAGAUCAUCUAUGUACCGUUCAAACAACGGCUAUUCAAAAAACUUAUGAAGCUGUCAGAACAAAUCUCUCCAAAAUUUACAACCGAUGAAAUAUGUUCAAUUUUCAAGUAUGUCUUUCCGCAUCAAGAUAAAAUACGUUGGCUUACCUAUGCGAUAUGUGUUUUUCUCCAACACGAUUUACAUUUAGUGUGCAGUCCCAAAGUGCUGUGUAAACAAAGUAUGAAGCACAUCAGCGACCCACACGUUAAAAAUCUCGCAUCAUUCAUCUUCGGUGACAAUGAUACCAUGAUCAUGUUCCGUAAAGCUGUAAACACCAGUCUUGCGCUUACUUUAAGAGAUAGUUGCAACAACGAGGCUCAUGCAUACGGAGAUACAGUCCUCUCAGAUCCUAUCCACUUGAAAGUGGAUCUGAAAAAACUAUCGAUAGGAUUUUUGUUCCAUCGGUUGUCCAUGAAUAGCUCAUUUUUGGUAAGAAAUAUGGAACUACUGCAAAACAAGUUCCAAGAUAACAUGGCCAGAUCAUCGCUAAGCGUAGAAAUUCACAUAAUCGGCAACAUAGAAAAUAUACCAGAGAGCAACACACAUCAUGGUGAUCAAACAUUAGUGAACGAACUGAAAUUUAUCUUGGCAUGUUCUUUUUUAAACCACGAAAGUAUAAACGAUGUUCUUUUGAAAAUCGACAAUUUAAAGCAAGAGAUUAAUCCUGAGAUUUUUGAUAGAAUAAAAGCUGUAAAGAGUGUUGCGUGUAAAUUCUGUUCUGUCGAGUUCAUGAGGUCAUUACCAAAGCAUAUUACCAUUACAAGUGCUGAUUUUAUGCAGGCUGAUAUUGACAAAUCUAGCAAUAUUCCAGACAAUGUACUCGCAAUAUCAUAUUUAGAGUCAGUUUUUUACCAAAGUAUUUCGUUGUCGAGCACUUCCAAAAUUUGCAAGAUAUCGAAGUGCAUAUUUUAUAACAAUUCGUUCGUUUCGAUCGAUGAAACAUGUGAAAACAUCACAGUAAAAAACACAAGUACCACGGUGAAACUAAACGGUGCCUUCGGAUCUACCGAAGUGCUCUUGGAAGGUUCACCAUUUUCGUACCUGAAACUAAAAAAUAAAGCUGAACAUAACGGCAGACUGCUGGAAAUUAGUGGUGCAAAAAUGAAAGGAACGUUAGAAAUUACAGCAGAUAUGCGAAUAGUAGCGUUCAUUCGUGUUUAUCUUUCACCUGAAUCAAAAGUAGUGUUUCAUGAAGAAUGUACGUACGUAACAAUAUCGGAGUCGUGUGGUUUGUUCGAUUUGAGACGUUUUCUUGGCACAGAAUUGCGCUUGAAUGAGAAUAUGUUGGUAAUGAUUUCACCUAUAGAACGUUCUACCCAGAAAUUAUCUUCGGUCACCCUCUGUGAUGUCAGGUUCCAUGGAAUUGUAACACUUCCCAAUCGCUAUGAACGUGUUGAACUGAAGGGAGUUUUUAUGGACAAUUCUUCACUUAUUAUCUUAAACAAUGCAUGUAAAGAAUUGGCACUCAUUGAAUUUAGCGGUACAAUUGAUAUUAGGUCCGUGGAUAGCUUUGAUAGUAUAAAAAUACAUGCUUCUAUACAUGCAAGAAACAACAUCAAAUUUAAAGGCAUACCACGUGUUCGUUACCUGUGUUGGCACAAUAUUUGUAGUGAUUUAUGUAUAUUGCAAUCAUUAGCAGUGAAAUUCCGCGACAUCGAACAUCUGCAAUUUGUAAAUGAAUGUCCGCUCAGAGAUUGUGGAGAUAUUGUGGGAUACAGUGCAAGCACCGGAUUGCGUUUUAUACACACGAAUAACUUUGAAUGCCUCCCGCAUCCAUUGGUCAAUUAUACAGUGGAUAUGGGAACAUCUGGUCAUGUAGUGCCAAGUGUCGUUCCCGAUUUUGUAGCGAAUUUGAUUCUUAAGAGAAUCCUGCAAAAUCCUGCUAACAAGAACAUCAAGAAGAUGGAAAUACAAUCGGUUGCGGUCACAAAGGAAAACUUUCAACUUUUCAAAACGUUGCCGAAGUUGCAGAUUCUCAGAGUUUACGCAAAAGAUUUUUCAACAGAAAUUUUCCAAAAUUUACCCGAUAGUCUCAAACUCUUGGAUAUCUCCAACCCGUUCGUAGAUGCGAAUGGUUUCGGAUCUAAUCAUAUGAAAGACAACUGGAUGCUUGCCGGUUCGCUCAAGAAGAUAAAAAUUUUGACCAUUGAUGCGAACGUGUUCUUCGGUUUGCACCUUGCUGGUUUUGCGCUGUCUAAUAUUGAGGUGCUCAAAAUACGUUUUGUUUGGUUUUUAGCUGACAGCAUCCUGCCAAGCAUCAAAAAAGUUGAGCCUCGGGAAUUGCUGAUCGAACGCGAAGAAAACUUAAUAGAUCCAAGAUGGGAACGUAUAGAGGGCGUAGAACUCGGUAGGUUCAUUGAUUUACUUGCAAAACGUAUAAACUUUCCCUCUCUUAAAUAUUUUGCGUUUGUUUCAAAUAAAGAAUUGGUGGUAAUUGAUCCUGCUACCCUUACCAUUGUGAGCCGUCGGCCUGGAACAGAAAUUCACCAUUCAAGCCAAGUUAUAACAUAUAAAGAGGAUUUAAACUUUGAAUAA